AUGAAAAACAAAACCAAAAAGACUAUAAGCCAUCUAAAAACUGGACAUAGAAAAUCAAAUUCCAUUCUCGUCAACAUACGUUCAAGUCCUCAUUAUGUUGGCAAACGUCCAAGUAAACGUAAAAUUAUAAAAUUUUAUAAAUAUCUUUUAACAUUUUAUGAUGACAAGGAUACAACGAUUCAAAAGCCUGAAACUUCCAAGACGUUUCAAUCAAAAAAUACACUUAAUGUUGGCCAUGUUAAGAAAAUUACUAAAAAACAAACAACUGUCAAUAAAAGACAAAUAAAAAAUUCUGAUGCGUUAAUUUUGAAACGUAACAAUCAAACUCGCAAUAAGUCAAACGCUAAGAUAUCUACUAAAAACAAAUCAAAUUCAAUUAAUGUGGAAAUACCAUCCGAAGCUGUCAAACAUAUGAAUCCGAUUGUAUUGAUCGAAAGAAUUACACAAAACAUUAUAGACUAUUAUGUGUCUAGUAAAAAAACUAAUGCAGACGAAAUAGUAAAUAAUUCUGGUGAACAUGAUAAUGUAAGAAUUAACAAUUCUGAAACCCACAAGAUGUAUCGAAAAAAGAAUAGAACUCCUGUCAUCGACAUCAACAUACGUUUAAAUCCUCAUUAUGUUGGCAAACGUCCAAGUAAACGUAAAAUUAUAAAAUUUUAUAAAGAUCUUUUAACAUUUGAUGAAGACGAGGAUUCAAGGAUUCAAAAGCCUGAAACUUCCAAGACUUAUCAAUCAAAGAAGAGAGCUCAUCUCGACGACGUUAACGAUUCACGUAAAAAACUUAGACUAACAAAUAAAUAUGAAGACAAAGUAAAUAAUUCUUAUACUCUUAAUUCAAAUCGUAAGAAUAAAACUCCUGACGUGUCAAACGUCGAGAUAUCUACUGAAAACAAAUCAAAUCCAAUUAAUGUGGAAAUACCAUCCGACAAAGUCAAUCAUAUGAGUAAGUGUCAUUUUUUUUAUAAUAAUAUACACAUGUGCAUAGAAUGAGUGGGUAAAGUAUGUCAGCUGCAUCACAUUCUUGAUAUUUUGUGUCUUGCUAAUAUUGCAAUUUAAAACACUAUACGGCCUCAAUAUGUAUUGAAAAUUUAGA